GGUCAGUUGUGGGUUCAUAUGUUCCCGUGAAAGAAAUGAGUGUUAAUGAUAUAUGAAAUAAAUCAUACAUGAAUUACGACGAUCAUUUCUUCAUUUUAAUUUCAUUUCCGCAGUUCAUAUAUGAUUCAAUUCAUAUAUCAUUAACACUCAUUUCUUUCACGGAAACAUAUGAACCCACAACUGACCUGCUCCCAACGUCAGUGGCUUCAUAGCUCAGUUGGUAGAGCAUCGCACCGGUAUCGCAAGGUCACGGGUUCAAACCCCGUUGAAGUCCUGAAUUUUUUUCAGGCUUCUUUACGCAAUUGCAUAAAUUGCGUUCACUGCGACGAUCAUUUCUUCAUUUUCAUUAUUUAAAAUGGUUUAUUUCAUAUUUCGUUAACAAAGUGAAAUUAAGAAAGAAAUUAUCAAUGGUCGUGCUCGGAAAAGUUCAGCGGUUAAUGCGUUCGCACUUCUUAGAUAUGAGAUGGUUCUAUCCCCGCAAAUGAUAUCACGGCGCACGCGUAAAACGGAUUGCGUAUUUUCCGAGGUUUGCAUGUAUAAUUACUAUCCACAGACAUAUAGUACAGUCAACACUUGCUAAGAAGCGGACAUCUAUAUGACCGGCACUAUACAUAUGUGUCCGUCUUAGAGAGAUGUCCGUCUUACAAAGAGUCAAAUAAAAGGAGGAAAAGAAAUGAUUUUACGGCAGCCUACUCCUAUUGUUUCUGAAUUGUCUCUUGAAAGUGUGAGAAUUGUCAGUUAUUUGCUAUAAAGUUCUUAAGAGACCGGUGGCGGACCGGCGGUAACCUUUAAAACUUUGCAAAGCCUAAGGGUACCCCACUUUUCACAGGCGACGUUUCUCAAUAGGCGCGUUUCUGCAGUGUGCAUAGACCAACUCUAAGUGUCCGUUUUAGCGAGGUGUCCGUCUUAAAGAGGUGUCCGCUAAGAGGGUGUUGACUGUAUUACGUAUAUUUUUUUACCACAGGGUGUAGGUGGUACAGUUUCCGGCGUCGCCGACUGUCUUUCAUUGUUCUCACUGUUUCGUUUCGUGACUGGAGCUGCUACAGCCGGCUGCCUUCUCGUUCGAUUCGUCUACUGCAUGGAGAUCAUACAAAUUGACCAUCGUACUGCAGCAGGGAUUGUAAACAACAUUUUUGUCAGCAUAGGCUUUUGUAUCCUGUCGUUCCUCGCUUAUCUUAUUCGUGACUGGAGGUAUCUUAUGCUGACUGUGUCUCUACCAGGACUUCCGCUGCUUCUCUGUUGGUGGUAAGGAUUUUUUGCUCGUUGCUCCCUUACUAUGCAUGCUCACCCGAAAUCCCGGCCCGAAGUAUAUAACUGAAUAAGUACUCUCAUUUUAGUCCUAAGGUGUCCUUAGGCUUCGAUAAGUUACUACUAGAGUUAAAGCAGCCACGUUUUGAGAGACGCACAUCGACCGGAAGUUGACCUUUUGUACUCUUGAGCAACGAUUUUGAACCAAUUUUUGGACAAAUCGUCUCUGUAAGAGUAAAGACACUUAGCAAUACAGAGUUAGUAGCGUCAUGGCAUUUCAAAGGAUAAAAGGGCUCACUUCCGGUUGACGAGCGUCGCUCAAAAACGUCGCUGCUUAAACUCCCUAUUUGCCAUUUUAAAAAACAAUUUACCACUUUUAAAACUGGGCCGUAAAGACCUCUGUGACUGUUACCAGGGACAGGAAAAAAUUGACCAAUAGCUGACUGGCGCGUCCCCAGUAACGAUCCCAGAAACAAUUGCGGGACGUAUUUCGACUCCAGUGCCCUUCUCGUCUUUAAAGUGGCGAAUUAAAAGUGUAGGGAAAGUAACAAGGGUUGCACGUGGGGAAUGGAAGGACGACGUGUAUUAGACUUCGUCAAAUAAAUAAACGCCGGAGAUUAAAGGCUCAAAUUAACCUGGCCUGUAUCCUUUUGACCUUAUAUGGUUAUAAGCGGGCGGGGAAGAUCAAUAAAACCUUGCGCUGUUAUAUAAAAAAAAUGAUUCAAAACAGAAAGCUAUUUCCUGCAUUUUUAUACAAGGAUGUGGGAAUCAAAGCAACUAAAACCCAAUAACUUGGCUUCCUUUCCGACCGGUACUCGAAAAUAAAGCAGUAUCUGAUGGAGACGUAUAUGUUCCAUGGCCUGCACAAAAUAAGUUCCUUAUUUAGCUUUAUCGGGUAGGUUUGGACAUAUUAUUGACCUGGGCCAUUUUCAAAAACCAUUCUAAGAUUGUACUCGGUAACCAAACAUCUUUUGUUCUGUUCGUUUAUUUCAAAGGAUUAUUCCAGAGUCCCCCCGCUGGUUGAUCGCCAAGAAUCGUCUGGACGAAGCUCAUGAGCUGCUAAUGAAAUAUGCCAAGAAAAAUCGAGUUGAUAUCGACUCAGCACAACUCAAACACGCCAUACAAGAGUUUAAGAAGGAAGAAGAAAAGAAUGGCAAUCAGAUGAAGAAAACCUAUGGUAUCCUAGACAUGUUCAGAACACCGAAGCUUAGGAAAAGAACUUUGAUUUGUGGAUUUAACUGGUGAGUCAGUACUUAUAGGUCAAUCUUCACAUGUGACUACUUUCUUGCUUUCGGCAGCGGCCAACUCUCAGUAAGUCGAAUGACUUCUCAGAUGGACAAAAUUAAUGCGGACACGUUUCUCGUUCUCAGUUGCAAUCAAUGCUUUCUGCGUGUAAUUUGAGCGCACUUUAAGACUUGACCAAUAGAAUUCCAAAUUUCUGGAUCCUUUUGAUCUGAGUCUCUACACUGAGUUUCUGGUUCUCGUGCCGGUACCUCUAUGUAUACGCAGUCAUUUGUUUCAUUACAUCCUCUCAAGGUGCAAUGAACCAGUCGCCCUUCUAAAAGCAAAUUUAACGCAAUAAGCUUACCGUAAUAAUUCAAUCGUUCGAUUAAGCUCCAUUAUUGGGUAAACACCCUCAUUCCAAUAAGCGCCCCUAUACAAGUAACAGCCCUUACUACAAUAAGAACCCCUAUUCUUUUUCAGUGAUAGCACUGUUUGAGUAUAUUUACAUUGAGAUCAAGUGGUACAUCAAGGCAUGAACAAAUCUCGUAACAAUGAUCCCUAUGAUUGACGGAAUUACGAAUCGGACGAAGAAGAUAUUGACCUGAAGGCUUUGUUAUUGGUCAAAGCAACACUGAAGCUAUCGACGUUGAACAAGACUAGUGACUUUCAAAAUUCCUCACCAUUAUUUAGUGAAUAAGCGCCCCCCCUUGAAGUACCAUCAGUAAAGAAGCUCCCCGGGCGCUAAAUCGAAGCAUCAAGGUAAUUCCCUGUUACCUCCUUCUUACAGGUUCGUGAACGCCUUGGUGUAUUUUGGAAUAAACUUGAACGUGGGCAACUUAGCAGGAGACAUGUACCUCAAUUUCUUUAUCUUGUGCAUCGUUGAAAUUCCCGGAGCUUUGAUACUCUGGUUUUUCAUGUCAAGGUAGUGUUUGUGAUAGCGUAACCCAAAAUUCUACAAAGCAAAAACAAUCGAAAUUCGCCAACAAAAUCCCUCACGGCAAUAAUAGAAAGUGUCCAUGUCAGUGACUAAACAUCUUAUUGAGGAAGGAAAUCGACAAUUAAAGUAAACUUAUGACUUGAAACUUUUAAAAGUAAUAAGGGAUUUUGGUGCUUUGCUGAAAUGUGCGUUGUUCCCAUUGUCCGUAACUGCGUUAAUUCAAUAUAGUUUAUCAGUAUCACUAAAAACCGCCCAAACCAAUAGGUUUUUGGAGCAGUUGAUACCUACGAUCCAGCGGCGAAUUCAGAUCUUGAAGUAAGUGGGGGCCCCCGCUCAGUCAGUGCCUAAGAUAAAAAGGAGGGCUGGCCUCGAAAAUAUUUUUUCAUGUCCGUGCGGCCCUUGAAUUUGCCUUAUAAUACAGUGGGGCCCCCCUAGAUCCGCCACUGCUAUUCCCUUGCUAGUGUCCAUUUACAGAAAAAUGUGUUUGUUUUGUAACCGUAGAGAGCCGUUUUACAAAGAGAAUUGAGAAAACGGUUUGAUGCGUUAUUCCCUUUGCACCAGUCACGUGCAUUUUUCCAAGGUCUGUGUGUUCCGCUGUUUGUGCAUGUUGCACAUGCUUAGUACCAGUUAUCUUCCCCCUAUUUUUUUUGCUAAGCAGGCUUUGUCGUGUUUUUAGCAUACAUUUAAUGCCAUUUCUCCGAGAUUUAUAGAUUUGCAGCUGUUGCUUUGAUUGUUCGUGAAUGACCAGGUGAGUGACAACAGUUUGCUUCUUUGCAGAUAUGGUCGUCGUAUUCCAUACGCUGCCUUCAUGAUCUUUGGAGGACUGGCAGGAAUGCUAGUACUAGCCGUUCCAUCUGAUGAAGGUAAAGAAACGUUUUACGUACUUUAGACAAGCAGUUCCAACUGACUUAAAUUUCGAAUUCCGUCUACAGCGACAGCGAGAAACCGAAUUGGUUUGCCAGUAAAUCACAACCAAAAAGUUUCUGUCUCUUUUCAUAUCCAAGUGUGGUCUGUAUCACAAAAACAAAAACGCUACUAUCUCCUUAACGUUUGAAAAUCAUGCAUUAAAUGCAAAUAACAAACGAAAAUCAACCAGUCAGCUUCCAGAAUUUCAUACAGAACAAAAAGUUGGAAUAGCAGUGCUAAUUAACUUGUCUCGUGUAUUUUACCUAAGGACUUCGGUUUAUUGUUACCAUACUGGCUGUUAUUGGCAAGGCCUGUAUCUUGGCAACAUUCCUGGGGAUUUAUGUCUUCACUGUGGAACUCUAUCCUACCAUCAUCAGGUAAGUAAGCCACAACCUCAUUGUCUUUAUUCAAGGAUAGGCGCUCUUUAGUUCGGAAUACAGAGAAGCAUGAUAAUGCUUAGUAUCCCUGACUUCAAAAUGUGAGAAAUAAAAUAUAGAACUAAUAAAAGUCUUUCAACUCUACAUAUAACUGUCUCAUAAAAUUGUUGAAGAUAUCAUAAAAUUUAAAUUAAAAUGGACCUGUCCUACAUUUACCCCUCCAUUUCGCAUUGCAUAGAAUGAGAGAUAAACAGUAAAAGAGCAGCGAGUAAGAACCAAGUUUUUAAGAAUUUGCGAGGCUAAGAAUCACUACGGGAAUAUUAGUAUGAAUACGUACGUAUCUUAGUAAGAAACACUAGGGAAUAUUAGUAAGAGUAAAAAACUGAGAAUCUUAGUAAGAAUCACUACGGGAAUCUUAGUAAGAAUAGGUAAGAAUCUUCAUUGAGAAUCAUGAGAGAAAUCUUGGUAAGAAUAAGUAACAAUCUUAGUAAGAAUGACUAUGGCAAUAGGUAAGAAUAGGUAAGACUCUUAAUAAGAAACACUAUGGGAGUCUUAUUAAGAAUAGGUAAGAAUCUUAGUAAGAAUCACUACGGGAAUCUUAGUAACAAUAAGUAAGAUUCUUAGUAAAGAUAACUACGGGAAUCUUGGUAAGAAUCUUAGAACGAAACAAUUCGGGAAUCGUAGUAAGAAUAUGUAAGAUUCUUAGUAAGAAUCACUACGGGAAUCACAGUAAGAAUAGCGGGUAAGAAUCUCAGAGCGUUAAUCUUCCAGUGAGUACAUCUUCGAAAUCUCACGCUACCCUCCAGACUGUUAUUCCCUUAAGUCAAUAUCAUCAUUGUUGUUUCUUUGUAGGAAUACUGGCAUUGGCGUGUGUUCUAUGAUGGCUCGUUUUGGCAGCAUAAUAACACCAUUCAUCGUGUUACUGGUUUGUAUCAUUAUUGCAUCAAAAACCGCGCAGCUAUAUUGCUUUGCCUCAUUCUCAAAUAAGCGCCCUCUCAAGAAGAAGCACUCACAAACUUACUUACUAGCAAAUAUGAAAUCCCCCCUUUUUUCUUUCGCUUUAGUAAUCGUUAUUAUAUAUUGCAAGACAAGCUUCUUUCUUUUCGGAUCUAUAAUUGUUUACACGUUAACUAAAAUAACUAAACCAGCUCUGGCCAGCAUGGAUACAAGUUACAGAUUUCUCAUUCUUGAUUUGCGUGCUAUUUUUGUGCGCAUUGUCUGCCAACAUAAAGUUUUUAAUAGUUCGCCCGUCCUCCAUUCGUCCGAAACUUCAAAUAAGCCUCUGUCCCAGAGGAUUUCAUGAGGAAAUACAGUGAAGUUUUACUUUUGUUUCUUUUUAAGGCUGACCUUCCACUCUUGAGCAGAACACUACCGCUGGUGAUUUUUGGAAUUUUUGGGAUUCUCGCAGGCAUUUUGGCUCUCUGGCUCCCAGAGACACUUUACAGUCCCAUGGCCCAGACCGUCGAGCAAGCGGAGAAGUGGGACGAGGACUACAAGAUUUAUUGUUGCAGACGACACAUCCCCGCAAAGGAACAAAAGAACAUUGAAAUGUCAGUUAAAGAGAAUGAAGCAAUUGCAAACGACUGUGAACAUGCUACAGUAUGAAUUACCUCUCCCAAAAAGACAUGUAACAGCUUUGUUUAAACGAAAAACCAACAAUGUUUUUUUGUAUUCAGUGGGUUUUGUUCUACCAGAGGACGGAUAUUAAGUAGGAUCGUGCUCUACACAAGAGCAGUUAUUCAGUUGAGUGAUCUUUCAAGUAGCGAUAAUGUUACCUCCAGCUUUGUAAAUAUUUUCACAGAAGCCUAAAGGUCGGUACACACUAGGCGACAAGUUGCAGCAACUAAACAGAUCAAUCCGUGUGUACAGGUCUGGCGACUAGUUGCAGCAAUAUGUUGUGGCGACACAUCGCAGCGGCAAAUCCCUUCGUAUGUAUUGGAGAAGUUUUCUGAAAAUCUUUGUCUCUGCGAAAAAUUUUGUCGCCGCAACAAGUCGCACAAAUUCUGUCUGAUUUGAUUUUUUGCAACACGUUGCUGCCACAAAAUUCUGUUGCAAAGACAAAGAUUUUCACAAAAAUUUACAGUGCACACGAAGACAUUUGUCGCUGCGACGUGUGGUCGUGACAUGUUGCUGAACUUGUCGCCUAGUGUGUACCGACCUUAAGUGCUAAGCCGGCAAACUUGAUCUUGUGUUAACGUGUANAGGCUGACCUUCCACUCUUGAGCAGAACACUACCGCUGGUGAUUUUUGGAAUUUUUGGGAUUCUCGCAGGCAUUUUGGCUCUCUGGCUCCCAGAGACACUUUACAGUCCCAUGGCCCAGACCGUCGAGCAAGCGGAGAAGUGGGACGAGGACUACAAGAUUUAUUGUUGCAGACGACACAUCCCCGCAAAGGAACAAAAGAACAUUGAAAUGUCAGUUAAAGAGAAUGAAGCAAUUGCAAACGACUGUGAACAUGCUACAGUAUGAAUUACCUCUCCCAAAAAGACAUGUAACAGCUUUGUUUAAACGAAAAACCAACAAUGUUUUUUUGUAUUCAGUGGGUUUUGUUCUACCAGAGGACGGAUAUUAAGUAGGAUCGUGCUCUACACAAGAGCAGUUAUUCAGUUGAGUGAUCUUUCAAGUAGCGAUAAUGUUACCUCCAGCUUUGUAAAUAUUUUCACAGAAGCCUAAAGGUCGGUACACACUAGGCGACAAGUUGCAGCAACUAAACAGAUCAAUCCGUGUGUACAGGUCUGGCGACUAGUUGCAGCAAUAUGUUGUGGCGACACAUCGCAGCGGCAAAUCCCUUCGUAUGUAUUGGAGAAGUUUUCUGAAAAUCUUUGUCUCUGCGAAAAAUUUUGUCGCCGCAACAAGUCGCACAAAUUCUGUCUGAUUUGAUUUUUUGCAACACGUUGCUGCCACAAAAUUCUGUUGCAAAGACAAAGAUUUUCACAAAAAUUUACAGUGCACACGAAGACAUUUGUCGCUGCGACGUGUGGUCGUGACAUGUUGCUGAACUUGUCGCCUAGUGUGUACCGACCUUAAGUGCUAAGCCGGCAAACUUGAUCUUGUGUUAACGUGUACUGCCAGCAGAAUAACACACCCGGGAAGGUACUCAUCAGAGUUUUAGACGAGGAGGCUCUGCCCCGAAUUCCAAUCCCUUACCCUUUUAUAUACCAUUUUUGACAGAAAAGGUACUCUUUUUGUAUACCUCCUAUUAAAAAAUUAUUAUUAUUGUUAUUAUUAUCAUUAUAAUCAUUAAUAAUCAUAAAUGGUACUCCUUUCACACAUAGGUGAAACCCCUUACCAUUCAUAUACCUGAAGCCUGAAAAAGAUACCCCUUUCGGGCGGAGCCUUCCCGGUCGUAUAGGCCAUUAUAGGAAGUACUCUCCCCGGGUCCCACAUUAUAAACUGUGUCUUUGCCCCUUAUUACUGCUAAUAGAAUUCUUAACAAACCCUUGAUUAAUAAAAAGUGUUUAAAUUUAGAUUAUAUUAAUAAGGUUAGUGAUAAUAAUAAUAAUUUGAAAAUUUAUAACGCGCAAUUAUCUAUAUGAAUAUUUUUAAAUGGGCGAAAAAAUAUAAUUAAACUUUAGAGAAUUAACAAACAUAAUAAACUUUAGAAAAAGGUGUAAAUGAAUUAUACAUUAAUUACAAAAGCGCGUAAAUAAGGUUGAAGUGGUAUAUGUAUAUAUGCAUUAAUAACAUUAAAAGUAAAGUAUGUAUUUAAGAUCCUAAUUGUAAGUUAAAUUGAAAAAAUAAGUCUUAAAGUUUCGAUUUGUAUUGUUCUGUUGUUGGUUUUCAUAUGAUGUCACUUGAAUUCAAACUAAAAAACUAUCGAUCCUACCGAGAUUUUACUUUCACGAUGCAUUAGAGCAGCUUCCAUAGCACGUAUACUGCGUGGCACGGAAGAACGGUUUGCUGAUCCAAUGGAACCUGUUGAUGCUUACGAAAAUAGAAGAGAGAGUCAAACUCUUCAAGAACUAGUUGUGAAGAUAGAAAGUAACAAAAGUCACCUUAUGUUGGAAAGUCUUAUGAUUACUGAAAGAAUCCUUGGAAAAUACAAUCCUCAAAUUCUGAGGGGUGUAAGAUAUGCUGCUCCUUACUAUGAAAACAUUAAACUUUCCACAUGCAGUGGACUGCACAGACAUGCAUUAAAAACAGCCAAGAGUUGCAAUAAAUCGCCUGUUGAAGAUAUCUGUAGUAUAAAAGAAUUGAUUAUAAUGUACGAAAACUUCUGGAGUGAUGAAGAAAAACAGGCUUGUGCAGUUGAAUUGCUUGAGCAUAUUGUCCAUGAGUAUGAACAAAGGGUUAGACGCAACAAGAAAAGGGCAUGAUGAAGAGCUCUUGUUACUGGACUGUUCAGUAUAGGUUGUUUUUUCCUUUGCAAAUUUCAAUAUUUUGAGGUAGACAAGGCCCAAACUGNAUGAUGUCACUUGAAUUCAAACUAAAAAACUAUCGAUCCUACCGAGAUUUUACUUUCACGAUGCAUUAGAGCAGCUUCCAUAGCACGUAUACUGCGUGGCACGGAAGAACGGUUUGCUGAUCCAAUGGAACCUGUUGAUGCUUACGAAAAUAGAAGAGAGAGUCAAACUCUUCAAGAACUAGUUGUGAAGAUAGAAAGUAACAAAAGUCACCUUAUGUUGGAAAGUCUUAUGAUUACUGAAAGAAUCCUUGGAAAAUACAAUCCUCAAAUUCUGAGGGGUGUAAGAUAUGCUGCUCCUUACUAUGAAAACAUUAAACUUUCCACAUGCAGUGGACUGCA